GGAGGAGAUUGGCGUAGGCCGCGCGCUCGAUGUGGAAGGCGUCGCCGAAUCGAUCGACAUUGUAGACAAACUCGGCCAAGCUUCUCAUGCCAUUGCCGCCAUUGCCGAGCAAACCUAGGGCAUGGCGGCCGCGAUUGUGGACUCCAGCGUCGGCGAUUUGGAUGGCGUGCUCGAGGCCGCCGAGAAGCAAGGCGGUGGCGCCGUGCUGCUGCUCUUCCUGGGCGAUCGAAUCCCUUCCAUCGGCCGGAGCUGGUGCCCAGAUUGCGUGAGAGCUGAGCCAGUGAUCUACAAAGAAGUGGAGAGCGCUGGGCACAAAGUCACGCUUGUGAGAGUGAAUGUGGGCGACAAGCCGACUUGGCGAGACCCUGCUCAUCCUUUGAGGAUUGAUCCACGCUUCCGGCUCACGGGCGUUCCCACGCUAAUCCGCUGGAGCUCUGGCACAAUUGUCGAUCGCCUGGAAGAUCACGAGGCUCAUCUCGCGGACAAAGUUCGCAGGCUUGUCAACACCCCCGACAAGAUCGUCAAUCCUUGAAUGUUUAGAAAGUUAGACAUCAACUAUAUCUACGUCUACAGUGUUCUUCUUUUUACCA